AUGAGACCCUUCUUUGAUUCCGACAUUGUGGUGAACUUUACCCUUUCAGAAGAAGCAAUACAAAAUGAGAAGAAAAUUAUUGAAAGCAAUCGGCGCGUUUUGCGGGAGUGCCAGAAGGAGAAACUCAUAAAUGAGACGAAAAAGAACUGGGAUAAGUUUUACCAUCAUUACAAAACGAAUUUUUUUAAAGAUAGGAAGUGGAUAAGAAUCGAGUUCGACCACAUCUUCAGGGGAGAGACUUCCAUAAAUGAAGAGCAGACGGGGGAUGCCAUACAAGACGGUGGGGAAGGCGCAACACAAGUGGGGAGUAGUAAGGAGAAGAAGCUUGUAUUGGAAAUUGGAUGCGGGGUCGGAAAUACGCUAAUACCUCUACUAAUGCAGUACGAACAUUUAAACUGCAUCGGGAUAGACUUUUCGAAAAAUGCAAUAAAUCUGUUGAAUGAAAAGUGGAACCGGGUGAUUAGUUUGAAUGAGCAGUUGAAGGAUGCUGCGGGAGAAGAGGCAGACCACGGAGUCGGCAACGAGGUGGGGGAAAUGGAGAACGUGCAGACAAAUGCCCUUGAAGUGACUGAGAAUGAGGAAAACUCCCAAGAGGAAGACGCCAGCUCCGAUAUUUUCGAACUGAGACGUUAUAAAAAAAUGGGAAAUUUAAUAAAAACGUGCGUAGUGGACAUAACAUCGCCUGAGGUAUCUUCCACCGAGGUGUGUGACGUAGGGACGGUGGAUAUCGUUCUGCUCAUUUACGUUUUAUCCUCAGUACAACCGGAGAAAAUGAAGAAUGUUAUUUACCAUGCGUACAGGUAUUUAAAAAGAGGAGGCUACGUUUUGUUACGCGAUUAUGGACUGUACGAUUUGGCACAAGUGAGAUUUGCCAACAAGAAGGAAAAAAAAAUGUCUGAAAAUUUUUACGUUCGGGGGGAUAAAACCUUUGUGUACUUUUUCAAAACGGAAGAGCUUCGAACCCUUUUUUGCGAAAAUGGCUUUUUCGAGGAAGUGCAAAAUGGGUACAUCACUAGGAUCGUUAAGAAUAGGAAACGAAAUUUGGAGAUGAAGCGAAUUUGGGUGCAGUCUAUUUUUAGGAAGUGCUAG